GCAGGUGGACUGAACACGAGUCCCGUGAGUCCCGGUCUAACGCUUUCUGCACCUGGUGGUCGGUCGCGCGAGUUCGUUGUCCGGCUUGUCUUAUAUUCAUUCUCGCCUCGCGAAAAACUCGCGAAUUGUGCGCUUUUAUAACUUGGAGUCGUGCUCAGUGAAAAGAAUUUUUAAAAAUUAUAUUUAAAACAAUAGAUACGAAUUGCCUCUUCCCAAAAAUUAAGAGAAUGAAAUAUAUAAUAAUGAUGAAUAAUUUCGAAAAUUGAAACGAAAAUUAGCGUUAAGCCGACGUUCGUGGCGAGAGUCAACUCGCGUGUGCUUCCGGUCCUACCAAUGCUUUGUCCAUCAUCAAUGUGUACUUGUUCUAACAGAGUAUUAUUUCAGUGAAAAGUGCCGCUUAUUUUAAUCGUGACUCUUAUGAGAUUCCUGAUACGCAUGGGAUUCUGGUGAUAUCAAAGCAGGAGAGUUUUAUGCAAUCUACCUCAGUCAGAGGUAGAAUGCGAGAGCAUCGAUGGUUCUAAAAAAUGGCAAGGGACCGGCUAGGAUCAGAAUAUUCUGAAAAUAUGAGUGAGGCGACGACUUGCAGCUGUAUGACGAGUUCCGUUGAUAAGUGCUCUUUACGCAGCUGCAGUAUGUUGCAAGAGCCCUUUUUCCUGCAUCCUCCGGGUACAAGACCUCGGGAUGGUAUUUAUAUAAAUCCAAUGAGUGCCUUUAUUGAACCUCAAAAGUCAAGGGACACAGAGUCAUUUUACCUUCAUAGUCCUAAUGAUCUGGUUUAUACGAGGAUCACGCAAAUCUUUGGCGAUAAUCAGAAAUCACGCAAUGGAGAACGAAACGUCAUCCCAAGGAAAGAUGAAACUUUAACAGUGAAAGUAGACGUGCACAUCAAUAACGGGACCUACAAGCCGAUCAACAACGGAAACUCGAUAAGGUCGGACUCUAUAAUCAAGGACAGCAGUGAGCACGCUUAUGAACAAAUCUGUUUACGCCAGGAAGAAAAUGAUAGCGUCAGCUCAUCUUCUCAAAAAAAAUUAUCUGAUAACAACUCCGAUGGCAGUCGUUCUCGAAAAACUGAUCGCCGAUAUAGCAGAUCUAGCAGUGCAAGCGAAUGCUCGAAUAUGAGUAGUGAAAUUCAUUGUUUCUCUUCCACGACUUCUACGCCAUCACUUUCUAGAAAUAGUAGCAACGAGUGCAUCAGCAAGAGCCCUAAAAUUACAGACAUCUUAUCAGAGAGGAAGAGCUCGAUCAGCUCAAAGGUGGAAAAUGAAAAGGGGAUAAAGGCAGUUAGUACCGGGACCAACGGUCUCAGGCCACCACCGCCUCCUCCUCCUCCCCCUCCACCGGAUAUUGAGGAGGUCUUUGUCAUUCAGACGAAGAUUCUCGAAUGUAAUAAUCGACAAGAAAAAAAGGAUUUUAGUGAUUUGAAUGGACUCGAUAAAAGCGAAACUUCGAGCCUUUCUUCUGCGGCCAACAAGUCUGAUGCAUCCUGCGACCAGGCGGAAGUCAGUCCUGCCAGUUCUUCAGUUGAGACCGAAGAAAUUAAGACCUCCCAGGUGUCACACCUGGUGAACAAACACAUGGUGCUACCCUUCAUACCGCCCACGUUCUCCAAUGCUGCAGACUCCAACACCCUCCUGAAACCUUCAGAGUACCUCAAGAGCAUCUGCAAGAUUCCUCAGAAGAAGAGUCUCGCCAAAGCAAGAUCUGUGGAUAAUUUGGAUAUCCAGGGCAGAUCGAGCGACGAAGAGGAGCAGAAAACCGAGGAGGACUCUAGUCCUCCUCCGAGUCCUCCGGGUCCUCCGCCUCCUCCAGCUUUUCCUUCUUCACCUUCGCAGAAGGUUCCGGAGGGUCAAAGUCCCACUGAAUCUUCAAAAAUUCCACAACCUCUUGCUACUAUUAGCAUUCAGGAUCUCACGAGUGUUCAGCUAAAAAGAACUAACAUUAAAAUGAAUGCAACAAAAACAUUUUCUGCACCACCACCUCGAAGUGUCUCGAUGACAAACGUCUCUGAACCGUUUUUCGUCCAAAAAACCGAUUUAAUAGCCGAGCUCAAGAAAACAAAAGACAUACCAGGAAUCAAGAAAUUGAAAGUAGAAAGAGCUCAGGUUGAAAAAACGCACGAACAGAACUUAAUCACAGAAAUCAGCAAAGCAUUCAGCGUCACGAAUUUUGUGGAUCAGGUAAAUAUUCCAGAAAAGGAUAGUGCUGGAAACCUAAUUCCGAUUUGGAAGCGUCAAAUGCUUGCUAGAAAAGCAGCAGAAAAAGCAAAAAAAGAACUCGAGGAACAAAUCGCGAGAGAAAACGAAGAAAGGCGACAAAAGGCGAUACCACCUUGGAAGAGACAACUGCUUGCUAAAAAAGAUACAGAAGAAAAAAAAGUGAACCAUCAACCUCAGCCAACUGCGGCAACAGUUUCCACACUCAAAAUUGAAAUCACACCUGCAUCCAACAGGGAUUCGACCUCGACGUUACAAUUAAAGCCAAAAGAAGUAAAAAUAGAAAAAGUUGAAAAGGUGGAGAAAAAAGUCGAAACUAACUACGACUCGGAUGAAGGACAAAUUAUUCCUUGGAGGGCUCAAUUGCGAAAAACAAAUAGUAAACUAAACAUCCUCGACUGACUUAAACUGCUUGAAGCGGAACAAACAUAUUCAAAAUAUAACAUUGUUCGUCAACGGUAAUUUAUAUCCUAGAUGUAAUAGCAAGGACUUAUUUUCGCUUGAAAUUAAGCAACAUUACGUAAUUAAUAUAAAUUUGUAAAAAAAUAUAAUUCUUCGUUGUAUAAUGAUAUACGAUUUGUCUUUCUUUAAAUAGCCAAAAGUAACUUUUAUAAUAAAAUGUUGAUCCGUCCAAUGAGCAGCGAAAUUUUGUAAAAUAAAUUUGUAAUCACAGUGACUCUUCUCGUUCUCUUCAAAAUAAAUUAGGAGCAUUUUAGGAGAGCUUAAAGGAAACAGUAUUUUAAAUUUGAGAUGAGAAAAAACUGUUGAUCGGCGUGAUCAGGUUUUUAAUGUUAGUCAUUAUGGAUUUGAUUAAUUAAGUGGCAACAUGUACAUAGUGCUAAGUAAAUUUCUUUAUAUUUCAAAA